CGGAGCAAGGCGCCGUCCCGAAUAACUCAGGCUGAGCAACUGACCAAUAUGCACUGCUUGACCUUUCUCUCCUACCAUCAUCAGUUACCCACCGCGCCAACGCUUGCGACAAACAGCGCAACAUUUAGCAAGCUUUUCGGGGAUAAAACAUGGACGAGGAUGUGGACAUGGAUGCUCCUCAGAUUUCAACACUCAGGGAAGAGACCACUCCUCCGCCCUCUCGUUCCAAAUUCCGAGUAAAGUUGCUGGUAACCGAGAAGAAGGGCAAGGGAAAAUCGUCUUCACCUAGUGUUACCGCUACCAACAAAAAGGCCGUUCCAUUGCCACCCCCGCCUCUACCACCUCCGCCUGCCCCGACAACACGGGCACACAGCGAUGAUGACGUUGAAGAGGAGGACGAGGAGGACCAACUCAUUGAUGACGAAGACGAAAUACAACAGUCCGCUUCUGCCCCUGCCGUUAGUGCGUCAACCAGUGGUACCAAGCGGAAGGCACCAGCGAGGAAGCCAAGGCCACGAAAGAGUGAAAAGCAGGACAAGGAUCUCGACAAAAAGCCAAUUGAAACAGGCGAGCAAGCCGAUGCCCACGAUGUCAGUACACCAGCAGUUCCCGAUAAACCGCCUCCGAAGAAAAGAGCGGCACCCCGCAGGCCCGCUGCUGCUCAGCGGUCCAGAGCCAAGGCUCCCCCCAAGGUGGUAAAGAGCUUAGCAGUGCCUUCGUUGGAUGAAGGAGCACUCAGUGAAUCCUACGCUGGCACUGCACCAUCAUCACCACUUCCCCUCACUAGCACUCGUGAGGGGGGCUCGGAGCAUGAGGAAGUCGAAAUUGCUCCUCCAGCUGAGGGUAUAACAGAAAUUGCACCCCUCCCUGUCUACCCUUUACCAUCCAAGCCAUUCCCUGUGCAACCACCCCCCAAAAUUGGAGCAGGCUUCGCACCCAUGUUGCCCCUUGACCGAAGCGGAAACAAAAUACGUCGUUGGAGAACUGCAAACCGUGAAAUACGUGGCAUCGCAGGCGGGCGAUGGUUCGCGAGAUCAUGGGUUGGCGACAAAGAGUCUGAAUUUGCCAACGCAACAGCUGCAGCUGCAGCUUCGCAUAAAAACGGUGACGCAGACAAGAUUGUGACACCAAAAGGCGGUGGUUCAAUAUCUGCGCCGCUGCUCGGAAAAGCAUCCAGCAAAUCUAAGGCGGCCCGUGCCAUGUCGGGCAUAUCGGCUGCGCCUUCACGAGCAGGAUCUAUUAAUGCUGAUCAUCACCCUGUGAAAGCGCCUUCGAAGAUGCGUAAUAUUGUUGCUGGGCCGGCGUCUGAAGAGGGUAAUGAUGCUCUCGUACAGAACGCGCCGGAGCAGGUGGAGCCAUAGGAGGUUUUAUUCGUGUAAUUAUGUUUCGAUUAUGUUUCUUACUUUUUGCAUUAAUGUUAUACCAUACCAUACCCCUUGUCCAUGCCUUUCCUUUUGUUAAUAUGAUUCGUUCUGCGCAAUCUGCAUAUGUUGUGUGACGGGCUAC